GCCUGUCAAAACAGUUCCACUCUCCCCAACUACUGCGCACCAUAAAAUGAACGUUACUCUCCGUCCUAACCGGACGCUGUUGGAUCCAAAUUUUGAAUCAUACAAGCUGAGCCUGCAAAAUAUUCCCCAGGUUUCUUUUCCUCUGGGAAAUGGCGUAGCCUAUGAUCCGUUGCUACCACCUUUAUCGAAACAACAUGUCCAAGCUUGUGUCCACCAGAACUGUUUGACCUUCGAUCCUUUUUCUUCUUGCGAUAUAUAUUGCAGUUGUUCGAGCGGUAUGAUUGGCAUUGUGCAUGUGCCGGAAAAUCCGGAGGAUUCUUGUGGCCUGCAGUCAGUCUUCAUCCCAUCUAGUCUGGCAAAACCCAGCCAGGGGCAGCCAUGUGCCACCUUGAAAUUCCCCACUAAACAUGUGGCUAUUCACUACGAUGGUUUCAAUCUUAUCUCGUUUUUUGAAAUACUGCGCUCUGUUGGUAGUCUACCCUCGUGGAAGCACUUGGCGACCGAACAGGCCCCACUCAUCUGCGACAAAGCGGUCCUUCUAGAUGCUAUGGGAUUUGAACAUUCUAUGGAGUUACACUGUAUCCUUGCUGCUGUGACCGAGCGCCCCAAUGAACUUCCCUUUCGGACUAAUUCGUCUUACGUCACUUACCUGGAGUGGCUAACUUUUAACCAAGAGGGUUCCAACUCGAAGUUUCCAUUGACUCGGCAUCGUCGCUUUGUUGGAUCAAGCUUUCCAGACUACGUGUCCCUUACUAGAGACAAUCAAUCCCUUCAUAUAUGCGCAGAGGGGACGUUUCACGCGGUGUAUGAUUCUGAGAACCCCAAUCUUACUGUUAUCCAAGCUGGUGCGGUAGAAGUAAAGAUGGAGGAGUCAAUGACGUUGGAUUCUAAUGGAACUUCCUUCGUGUUAUCCGAUUCAGACGCCACAAGAUCAGUGUCGAUUCAGUGGUCUCAGUCGGAGCCUGGUGCUGACGACGAGGCUGGCAUGGUUCACGUUAUUUUCGAUCUUGUCACUUCGCAGAUACCUCCUUCGUUGUCCCUGAAUCGGGACACUGUCCAGGUCCGGAUCCGACCAGAGUCAACUUCAGAAGACAAACCUCAAACCCUCAGUGUCAUCAUCCAUUCGGACAGAAAGGAUUCUGUGGAAGGUGAAGCAUUCACUCUUAUCGAGCAGUCUCUAUACGGCUUCGUGGAACCCAACCCUAUGUGGACUAUUGAUCGAGAAGUGAAGUGCCUCGAAGUCCAUUUAUCCAAAAAGCACACAUUACACUGGCCUCGACUUCUGCGUGAUGUGGAGAUUGAUCGAAGCUUAGUGAAGGUUGAACAGUCCGACCAUGCACUCAAUGAGAUGGAAAGUAUUCGACCUGAAUUCACAGCGACUGCCGACCCAGUCACAGUAGAACCUAAUGAACUAACGAAACCGGCGUUUAACGUCGACCAACUGGAAGAAGUCGACUUUCCGCUGGAUGACGACAGCGACUUAACUUUACAACGCUUUGAUGCAAAUACCUUGAAAAUGACACACCAGGCUAAUCUCACAGGUCACCAGUGGCUGUGUAACGUACUUGUCCAACGUGCAGGCUGUUGGCCUGCGACGAACGCCAUCUGCCUGCGUCAUGACGUCGACGGUAUUGUGUGGCUGCCCACCUCUGCUGUUACUGCAGCAACCGGGGAUUCGUCCAACUCGGACACGUCCCCGUGGUCCCAUUCGGCUACCUUGCAAGCUUUCGGUUAUGUGCUGGCGAGUAAGCAAGACCACCGCUUUGUUUCGACACCUCCACUGAUGCCCGGUAGUCCAUUGCCAUUUGUAGCGGUUGCGGACUCCACCAGACGCAUCUAUGUGUACAAACAACCUAACAUUUCUAAUCUUGGACCCUCCACUAAUGGUGUGCUUCGUCGACGGAACACUGCCGAUUCAGGAGAGGGUCGAAAAACCGACGAAGUUGUACACGUGGCACGGCAAUACGUUCUCGCUGUCGGUGACGAUAGUCCUAUUAUUGGCUUUGUGGCUAUCGGUCAGCCCUAUCCCGCGUGCGUCGCAUGCACACAGAAGAACAUAUACCACUUCUCACUUGACGCUUAACUGGACUGAUUUUUUGAAUGGUGCUUUUUUCAACUUCUAUCAACUUCUGUACUUCGCAGCCCAAGUAAUUUGAUACAUGCAAUAUUCUCCACUGGACACCAGUUUAGUCUAUUUGUCCGACACAAAGCGAUCCUUG